CUCACGCCGCCCGCUCCAGUUUCCGCCUCCAUUUUCGCAGGCUCCUCCGCCCACAAAACCCAACGCUCCCCCAUCCCAUUCCCUCCCAAGACCCUCCCUGGCUCCAUCUUCCGCGCGGUCCCUCAGCGGCGAACUGGGAAAGGCGGGCGGGCGUCUCGCGGCGAGGACAUUGGGUUUGGGGUUUGUGCUGCUGUUAAUAUAGCUAAGUGGUCAGGAUCUGGACCUAAUAAUGGUGGAAAACACUCAUGGUAGUGGACGCCGUGCGUUCGGGGACUUGACAAAUAUCCUUUGCAAGCGACCAGCCCUAUCAGAUCCAGAGAACAGUACAGGUGGGAUAAAGAUUAGACGGAUCGAAAAGGACACUAUGACUAAGAAAGAGUUUGAUGAAAAUGCAAUGAAUAGCAGUAGAGGGAAAGGGAUUGUAUUUGGGCACUUGUUUGAUGGUGUUGCCAAGGGGAAUUUCGAAAGGCCUUCUAUUUUUCGGCACACCAAGGUCCAGCACAUGGCUGCCAAGGCAGCUGGGCUUCUAUCCAAGGAGGUCAGUGACUUGAGGGACCGUUGCCCAUCAGUAGAUUCAUUUGAUUUCAGUGAUAAGGAGCAGGAUUCUUCGCUGGAUUCUGAAGGUGAGUAUGAUGAAGAUGAUGAGACAGGUGGUGAAUUGCCGGGUCAUUUUAGCAACUCAGAGGUAGCUAAUGAUGGUGAGUGCUUGACUCAAGAGGAGAUAGUUGGAUCAUCAGGAAAUCAGAAGCCUCUGUCUUCAUUGGACUUUACGACAGGUGGUGACUUGCUGAGUUCUAGUGUUCAGCAUGCUUCAAUGAGAACUGGUGGCUUGGAAGAAGCUGUUUCUACAAAAUCUUGUGCUUGUUCUUUCUGUCUUAAGGCUGCUUUUAUGUUGGCGGAUCUCCUUUAUCAGGAUGCAAGAAGCCGGCUUUCUGUAUCGAAGAAAAGCAUAAAGUUUGCUAGGUCUUUGGAGGCAAAGAAAAGCAAAGGAAACGAAUAUGCUGCCAAUGUAGCCGGAUAUGACCCAAAACAAGCUGUGGGGUUGGAGUUCGAACUAUCUCAACAACAGAGAUCACUCUUUCUUUAUACAGAGAAUGCCCUUGUUCGCGAGUCAACACAGCUUCAUUCAUCAUUUGUGAAGUUAAAAGAAUUGAGAGAGAACUACAAGACAGAUCUUGGGACGAUCAGCAAUUCUUCAUUGGGAAAAUGAGCACUGCAUGGUUGCGCUGCUGAAAACUGUUCAUUUCCCCGAGACUUGGAUCAUCAGGCUCGGUUUUGGUCAAGAUGCGCAUUGAGAUAGGCUGUUAACUUAGGGAUUCUGGUGGUUACCAUCAAUUUGGGACUUUUGGCUUUAGCAAUUACUCCUAUCGUAGAGCAUUGGUCCAGCAUGUUUGUAGCUGAUGUAAAAAUCUCCACGGUCAGUUAGGAACUGUAUGGUUUGUCUCGUUGAGACAUUGGCUUCACUUGUUCUUUGUAGUGAGCUUGCUUUGUAUGAUAAUUGCUUCACGAUCUGAAAACAAGAGGGAAAAUAAUGUCAUUUCGAGCUUGCUUGUGAGUUUU